AUGCUGCUACACCAUAUGCUGCCACUAUCAUCAUCAAUGACAUGCACUACAGCACAGGUUAUGGUAGUAGCAAGAAGCAAGCAAAAACAGAGGCAGCUAAAGCAACACUCGAAAUCCUUCUUCCCGAGUUGGGGGAAAAGAUACGGGAGGAAUCAAACACCAAGGGAGACGCAGAUUUGUCUUUCUUUGAUGAAAUUCGCAUAGAAGACCCAAGGGUACCAGAGCUCUGCAAUAAAACAAGUGAACUUUCACCCUAUUCCAUUUUACUCAAUUGUCUUCAGAGAAACUUUGGUCUUAAUGGUGCCAAUAUUGAAUCCAGAUUAGUCACGCAGAAGAAUCAGAAGAAUGAGUUUGUGAUGACCGUUGGAAAACACACCGUGCAGGUCCAGUGCAAGAACAAGAAGGAUGGGAAACAGAGAGCCUCACAAGCUAUCCUUCAGAAACUCCACCCACAUAUCAGCAGCUGGGGCUCUUUACUAAGGUUAUAUGGUAACCGGUCAAUGCAAACUAUGAGAGAGAAAAAGGCAGAGGAGCAAGAGAUCACCUUACUGCAGUCAAAUGCCACUGUGAACCAGCCAAACACCUCCAUCAUAAACAAGCUAAAACUUGAGAUGCUCAAACUGCAGGAAAUGAAGAAUUCCAUUCAACCGAUUGGAAGAUUCCUCCCUCCUGAAGAUGUUGCACUUCCCUCUGCUUCAGGAAUUGAUCUUAAUAAUGUUGAUCUAUAAAGUGAAUAAUUAAUCUUUCUUUUUUAUGAUGUGAAUGUGAGGGUAAUUAUUUGAGCUGUCUCCAAGAUAUGAAUGUAUGUUCCAGGUUUUUUUUAUUAAACUUUUUAUCAAUGAUAUUUAAAAAAAGAAAUGUGAUAUUAACACAAGGUGCCCACCCUUAUGCUGUGAUGAACAAGACCAUAAAAUUGCCUGUGAUAUACAAGUGCAUGAAGUCCCAAGUUUGUUUUACAGGUAGCUUAUCUAUUUUUUAUCACAGAUGCCAGUGAUUUCUGUACUUAAUAGAGCAGCUGACUCAUACUGUUAAAUCAGAUAACAGAUCUCACUUUCAUGUUUUUAACCAUUUUUGGAGUUGUGCAGAAAUAUAACUGAAGAGAUUUGGAAAACAACGUUCCAGUUACAUGCAGUCUUUCACUUUUUCCAUAUCAUGCUAUUAUGAUAUUUGUUCUCCAUGCACAUCAUUUGCCCCGUGUUUUCAGUUUAGAAUAAAGAAAAUGCUUUAAAAGAGACCAAAUCAAUCAAUAAAAGAAGUAAUUA